AUGGAAGCCGCAGCCCACGAGCCGCCGGGCGAACGCGAUAACAUGCAACAGAGAAAGGAGCUGAGCAAGGCGACGUCGCUAUCACAAGGGACUGCCACGCCCUCGGUCGUCUCAGGCGUCUCAAUCAAAUCCUCUACGACCCCUAACAAAGCCCGCGAGCCGAAGCUCUACAAAACAAAACGGGCCAAGCAAGCUGAGCACCGUGGCAGCGAGCAAUCCACCGAUCUUGCGCCCCCAGACCCGAGCGGGGCACAUCAUGUGGAGCACCGCAAGGAUACGCUUCUUAUCUCCCUUCACAGCCUUCAAUCCCCGAAAGCAGCUCACCAACGCUGCCGGAAAGACGCCCAAAGUCAGGCUCGACCUCUACUAUACCGAGGGACCGACCACGUCACCACUGGUCGUUGGCUUCUCGAAGCCCGCUAG